UUCACAAAUAUGCAAGUUUCUUCCUUUUAAAUGAUGCUUUCCUCUAUAUAGAAUCAUGCAUUUAGAUCUUAUUUGUAAUGUCUGUCAAAUGCGGUAGUAGUUUAAAUCCCAUAGCGUAGCUGUCUUCCUUUGUUUGUGAAUUUUUGAGAACUUAAAAAAAAAAGAAAAAGAAGUGUUAUUUUAUAACAAUGUAAAAGAGUGCUCCAGCUUAUUAAAUGAGCUCAGGGUUGCUUCCUUUAUUCCCGCUUGACUGGAUCUCAUUUACAUGCAUUAACAGAUGACUGGGUCUCAUAAAUAUCAUGGUAUCUAACCUGGCCGGCUGUCUGCGGUGAGACAAACGUGUUAGGACAGAUCAUUAUAUAUAUUCAAUAGCAGGUGUGGUGACUUUAACAUAGAAUAUAUAGCACAUCCUUUUCAGUAACCACUAGGACAACCAAGUAGCCCAAACUCCAUGGUACAAAAUAACGAGCGGAUUAAGGAAGAACAGACUUACACCCUGAAAUCUGAAUCGCAUGAAGAAUCACAAUGUGUGAUCUGUCCCCACCUUGACAUUGAACCAGUGGACCAUUGCAGUUGGUCCAUAGUGAAGCAUAUGUACAAGGGCUGCCGGCUGUGCCUUUCAGAUAUGGACAGAGCAGUUAAAUAAUUGUGUCCAUAGAGUGGUCCAAAUAUGCGUCCCACAAGAGAGGGGCUGGUAAGCAAAGACCCCACUAUUGGAAAACUGGGUUCUACAUGGAUAAUUUAAUUAAGGAUUAGCUGGAAUUUUUGUCUGUGAUUAGCUUUCAAGUUCGCGCACACACUGAUAUGUGCGGACUAUUGUGAUAUCUAGUAUUAACAAUCCAAUAACAUCAAUCAUUCCAUGGAAAAUUUAGUAACACUUGUAAGAGUUCUUGAAAGCCUCUUAAAACAUCAAUCAUUCCAUGGAUCCUCUAGUUGAUGUUUCAUGCUAUUGUUUCCUCUUCUUUAUCUCCGUGAUCGUUUCUUUCGUAGUGAUAGGCCCCAUUAUCAAAUUGAUAAAUGACUCCAACAAGCUGAGGCUUCCACCAAGCCCUCCUGCUUUACCAAUCAUUGGUCACACUCAUCUAUUGAGCUCUAGAUUACCUGAAGCCCUUAAAACACUAGCUUACCGAUAUGGUCCUAUUAUGCGAAUACAAAUGGUUAACACAACCUAUGUUGUUGUUUCCGCUGCUAUCACAGCUGAGGAAAUCUUGAAAACCCAUGACAUUGUUUUUUCUUCUAAGUUUUGUCCAGGUACCACACAGCACAACAUAUAUGGAGGACUAAGUUUUAUCAAUAGCACUUACGGAAAAUACUGGCGGUUCGUGAAGAAACUUUGCAUGACAAAGCUAUUUGCAGGAUCGCAGCUCAAACAAUUUAUUCAUAUUCGAGAACAAGAAACAUUGAAGUUACUAAAAUCACUAGAAAAGAAAUCCAAAGAUGGAGAACCGUGUGACUUGAGUGUGGAGCUAGAGACUCUUACACAAAACAUCAUUUGUAGGAUGGCAAUAGGGAGGCGAUGCUUGGAGAAUCCUGAUCAAGCUAUGGAGAUUCGGAGAUUGGUCAAAGACAUUGUGGAAAGGGCAGCUAAGUUUUAUUUCAUUGAAGUGUACGGUCCUCUUAAGAAAUUUGACAUUUUUGGUAAUGGUAUGAAGCUCAGAUUGGCAACGUGGCGGUAUGAUGAGCUAGCAGAGAAGAUCAUGAAGGAGUACGAAAAAGAAGAAGAUGAUAAGAUGAAAUCUAGCAGGACUGAAGAGAAAGAUGUGAUGGAUAUAUUGUUGGAGACUUAUAAGGACCCAGAUGCUGAAGUGAAGUUAACUAGGGGUCAUAUCAAAUGUUUCUUCAUGGACAUGUUCUUGGCGGCUGUUGAUACUACAACAUCGGCCACACAAUGGACUGUGGCAGAGCUAUUCAAUCAUCCUCAAGUAUUCAAGAGACUCAGAGACGAAAUCGACUCAGUUGUGGGUUCUAAAAGGCUUGUGGAAGAAUCAGACAUUCCAAGCCUUCCAUAUCUCCAAGCAGUCAUCAAGGAAACCUUAAGGCUGCAUCCUCCUGGACCUUUACUCCGGAGACAAUGCUUCGAGGACAUGAAGGUUAAUGGCUAUGAUAUUAAGGCUGGAACCAAGAUUUUCAUCAAUGUGUAUGCCAUAAUGCGUGAUCCAAGCAUGUGGAUUGAGCCUGACAAGUUUGUGCCUGAAAGGUUCUUGGAUAACUCUACCAAGGUUAUGGAUUUGAAGGGUCAUAAUUAUAGUUUCCUUCCGUUUGGGAGCGGGAGGAGAGCAUGUUUAGGUUCAUCACAUGCUUCAUUUGUGAUGCAUGUAACUGUAGGUGCUUUGGUUCAAUGCCUUGAUUGGAAAUUUGAAGGAGGAGGCAAGGUGGAUAUUGAGACAGUGAAAAUAUACUCAGGGGCAAUAGCUCACUCUCUUAUCUGUUAUCCUACCGCCCGUUUAAGUUUGUCUGAUGUUUGAUCCUAAGACUGACGCUUAUGCCUUAUAUGUUCAAAGUGUUUCAAGAUAGGAACUCAUUUGUCUAGAAAGUUUGAUGCAGAAGGGUUGUAUGUUGUACUUGUCAUAAUGGAGCUGUGUUAUUACAUUUUCAUGUAAUCUGUCACUUGUUCAGUUGUUUGUAUUCAAGCACAUAUGGCUUACUUUGUGUGGUAAUACAACUUUUGGUCACGUAAA